UUUUUGAGGUUGUUUUCAAGAGUUUAAGUGAAACAGUUCAAUACAAUUCAGAUAAGUUCAAUAGAAAUAAAAUGGGUACAGAUCCAUCAGUAAAGGAAGGACACAAAGUUGGUCGACAACGAAAAAAGCAACUGUACAAUUCUAUCCUAAAACAAAUGGAAUUUUACUUCAGCGAUUCUAACCUAAGCAAAGAUAGGUUUUUAAUGCAAUUGAUCAACCAAAAUGAAUUUGUUGAUUUGGAAGUUUUUUUGAAAUUCAAUAAGAUCCUAAAGCUUACAACAACUGUAGAAAAAAUUGCUACUGCUCUAAAGAAUUCUGAACUGCUCCAACUAUCUGAAGACAAAACAAAAGUGAAAAGAGUCACUGCAAUUGUUAAAAAAGUUGAUGUGGAUGAUUGUACUCUGUAUGUGGAAAAUGUACAAUCUGAUGUCACACAUGAUUGGCUUGUAAAUUUGUUUUCAGAUUUUGGUAAAGUCUCUUAUGUUUCCAUACCAAAAUACAGCCACAACAAAUUGAACAAAGGUUUUGCCUUUGUUGAGUUUGAUAAUGCAAAUAGUUCACAAAAAUGUGUUGAAUUUUUUGAGAGCAUUGAUUGCAAGAUAUCUUCUCAGGUGGCUCCAGAAGAUUUGUGCAGCAUCUCAACAUUUGUUAAUGGUGAUAAAGAGACUGUUCACUACAAAACGCCAGCAGAAUGUGAGCAAAUGAUGGAGGAAGAAGUGAAAAGUGAUAAUGAAAAGAAGAGGAAACUUGAGAAUGAUGAUGAUACUAAUAAUGUUGAGAAGGAGAGCAAGAAAUUUAAAGCUGAUGAAUCUGAUGCAGAGGACGAGAGUAAGAAGAAAAAAAGGAAAUUGAAGAAGCUGAAGGCGCAGUUUAAAGAAUUAGGCUUACAGGUGCUACCAAAAAUGGAGUGGAAAAAAAUGAGAAAUCGUUAUUUAAAUAUGCAAAGAGAUAAGAUGAAGCAACUCAAACAGCAUUUGAAUAAAAGACGAUUCAAUAACAAAGCCAAUAACCAUGACAAUAAUGAAGUUAAACAACAAGAGGUUGAAGAGGAAACUAAGAAACUGCAGUUUGUACCAGGAUGCAUAGUACAAUUGAAGUUUAGCGAAUCAUGCAAUGAUACAAAGAAGGCAAAGAAUGAUUUGAAAAGUGGUUGUUCCGAUAUUCAAUUCGUUGAUAUACCUACGACUCUGAACAACGACACAGCCUACCUCAGGUUUUUGACCAAUGAAAACGCGAAGCAAUUCUGCAGCAGUUUUUCGACGGGUGAAACGAGCCUUUUGGAAGGCGACGAGGAGAAGAUCUACUGGGAGAAGAUUCUCAGCAGCAGGGAGAGUAAAUUCAAGAAGGAUACUGCGAAGAAGCAGAGAGGUCGCGACAAGUUGCUGAAAAAGGCUGAGAAAGAAUUGGGGAAGCACAUCAGAUUCGAGGAGGCGUAAUUUUGUU